AUGAGGGUCACAAGGCAAGAUGCCAAUGCUAAUCACGAGAAAAUUAGGGCUACAAUAGUUGAUAUUCUUAACAACGUGGCUCCCGAGGACGUGGCACUCCUGGGCCACGAAGAUGGGUCGGUGGUGGAGGUCAUGACCGGCAGCGGCGUCGCCCUCGAGUGCCAGGUGGGGAAGGCCAGGCCGCCCCCCGGGGUCUCCUGGUACAGGGACGGACUGCUCCUGCACCAGGGCCUGCACGAGGACCAGAUUCAAACGGCGCCGCAGGCCCGCCUGUGGUCGGUGCGGAGCCGCCUUCUGCUGACGGUGACGAAGGAGGACGACAAGAUCCGGUUCUCGUGCCGUGCCGUCCACCCAGCGCUCCCCGAGGACGCCGCCAAGCCCUUGGAAGUCUCCGUCACCCUCUCGGUGCUGCACCCGCCCAACGCCCCGAUCAUCAGUGGCUACAGAAGCGGCGACGUCAUGCUGUCCGGGGACCGCCGCACACUCACUUGCCGGGUGGUGGGCGGGAACCCACGCCCGCGAGUCGCCUGGUACUUUUACGGGCGCUCGUUCAACCUCACCGAGGAGGAGGAAGAAAAAGAAGACAGCGAUGAAGGCGCCGAAGAGGAGACGCAGGGCGCGAGGGAUGGCGUGGAGCUGGGAGGAACGCCUCAGUACAAGAAGACUAGGAACAUCGUGGGCAUCAGCGUGAGCCGCCAGGUGACCGCCACCAGGGAGGAGGACGGCGCCGUGUACCAGUGCCGCGUCAACAGCGAGCUCCUCCACCAGCCUCUCACCGCCAACGUCACCAUCACCGUUCACUGUGAGUUGACCUCCAGCUCCUCUUCGAAGUCUCUCGUGACUUCCAGAAUCAUGGCGUCCUCUGUCCUCGUCAUUUUUCAGAAGGCAAACUACAACUUUGCUUCUAUAACCCUGAUGCUGAGGUUCAUCUCGUCCCACCGUCCUACGCCCCAGCGAGACGCUCCUGACGACGUGGUGAUGACGGGGCCGACGGUGGUGACGGCGGGGCAGCAGUAUACUCUCAAUUGCGUCACCACGGCUGCCAACCCUCCCGCGACUCUCUCCUGGAGGAUAAAUGAUCGGCAAAGAGAAUGGUCUUACGACGCCAUCACACUGAAUCAAUAUGAAAAUGAAAAAUAG